AUGGCUCUUGAAAACAUCGGUUAUCAACAAGAACUAAAACGGUCCUUCGGUCUGUUAGAUAUGGUGGGAUUUAGUUUUAGUAUUGUGACCUGUUGGACUGCAUUAAGCGGCGUCUUCAUCAUUGGUGUCGAAGCAGGUGGGCCACCGGUCAUGAUCUUCGGUUGGAUCGGGGUCUGCGCAUUCACGGUACUGAUUGCCUUGGCGAUGGCCGAGAUGUGCUCGCAAUGGCCAGUCUCUGGCGGCCAAUACUCGUGGGUAGCUAUGCUGGCGCCACCGCGAGUGUCUCGGCAGAUGUCUUAUGUCACUGGAUGGUUUAUGUUGGCUGGAAUUAUCGCUAUGGGUGCAGUCAAUAAUUCCCUUGGGUCAAAUUAUAUCCUCGGCCAAGUAAACUUGAUCUUCUCCGAUCUCGUCAUUGAGCGAUGGCACACUGUCCUAGUUGCGUGGGCUGUGGGGCUAUUUGCCCUUGUUAUCAAUGUGUUUGCGCCUCACGCUCUACAUCGCCUAUCUCGAUUGAUCUUGGUUUGGAACAUGGCCUCUUUCAUCAUUGUGAUUGUUACUCUCCUCGCAACCAACAACCACAAACAAGAUACCAGCUUUGUCUUCCACGACUUCCGGAACAAGACCGGUUUUGGAGCCGCGAUUGCUACUACCGUCGGCAUUCUACAGAGCUUCUUCGGUAUGUGCUGCUACGAGGCACCGAGCCAUAUGACAGAAGAGAUGACCCACGCGAGCCGCGAUGCACCCAAAGCAAUUAUCUUAUCGGUCAUCAUGGGCGCAGUGACUGGUCUGGUAUUUCUUCUCACUCUAUGCUUUUGUAUGGGGGAUAUUGAAACUACCGCAAAUUCACCUACCGGAGUUCCCGUAAUCCAGAUUUUCUAUGACUCAACCCACAGCAAGAUUGGAACGUGUAUACUGGCCAGUAUGAUUGUCAUAAUCAUUAUGGUCACGUCUAUAAGUCUUGUUGCAGAAGGAUCAAGAUCUCUAUAUGCUUUUGCUCGAGACCAUGGAUUGCCAUUCUCAGAACUGUGGUCUCAAGUUGAACCAAAAAAGAAGAUCCCUCUACAUGCAAUUAUUCUUGCUGUCCUUGUGCAGCUUUCUCUAAAUGCUAUCUACUUUGGCACAGAGACAGGAUUUGAAACGGUGAUCUCGAUAAGCACCACGGGUUUCUACGUUUCAUAUGGCCUCGCGCUUCUGUCCCGACUGCUCGGUUAUUUAUCCGGUCACUAUACCUCCUUUGAUGGACCUUAUUCGUUGCCGCUCCCGCUUUCACUCAGUUUCAAUGGAAUUGGGCUUGUGUUUCUGCUUUUCGCUUCAAUUACAUUCAACUUUCCUCCCAAAGCACCAGUCACCUCGGACACAAUGAACUAUACCAGUGCAGCUAUCGGGCUGGUGAUAUUACUCAGCGUUGUGACCUGGUUUACUUCUGCGGCCAAGCGCUUUACUGGCCCUUCCGAUGUGCACGACUUGGUCAUUCAUGGUAUAGAAAGCCCGUCAAUGUUGCAAGUUGCCAACAAUACAGAUCCGAAAGUAGGCAAAGCAAACCUUGGAAAAUAA